AAAAAAUAAAAAAUUAUAAUUUAAAACAGGAGAACAAAAUCAUUAUUAAUGGAUACAAACUUGAAGUUGAAACCACACAGUGAUUAGCUUUGUGUUCGGUGUACAUUGUUUGGCCCACAUUACUCUGUUACGAAUCUGACGAUUGGUAGGCAAAUAAUAAAACAUGUUCAUAUACCACAAGAAAAUCUGCAUUCUAUCUUCUGUGGUUAUCAUUUUCUACAUUACUUAUCCACAAAAUCUCCUUCCCCAAAAGACUUGAAUUUCCCAUUGAAAAUCAACAAAUCAAGAAAACAACACUGCAAAUCAGGACAUGUUGCGAAGCCCCAAAUUUCUUCAUUCCCCAAACUAUCCACACCCUUCUUCAACCUCUCAAACUCAAAAGCAAAACAUCCCCAUUUCCCCAAAAUUUCCACUCAUCAAACAAUGUUCCACAAUCUCUCGCCGGAAUCUCACCAUGGGAACCAAUUCCCUCUUACUUCUUCUCUUUGGUUCUCAGCUUCAAGACCCAUUUUUCAUGUCCUCAAAAGCAGAGGUUGAAGAAGAAGAAUUACGGAGUACCAAAGAUGACGGACCUUUGUGCACAGGGAAGAGCCCCACCAAGCGAGCAUUUCUUGAUAUCUCCAUUGAUGGAGAGCCUGCCGGUCGCAUUAUCAUUGGCCUUUAUGGCAAUGAUUCCCCUGCAGGAGUUGCAAGAUUUAGUAAUCUUGUAAGUGGAGCUGCUGGGAUUUCUUACAGAAGAAAAGAUUUUGUAAAGAUCACUUCAAAUUAUGUCCAACACAGUGGAGUUAGAUCUUAUGGUGUGGAUUUUGAGCUUGCAAAGAGGAAUGGGAAUGAAUUAGUAUCUGAAACUCUUAAGGAUGAAUGGGAGAGACUGAACGAGCAAUGUUCUGGGACUAAGAACUUGGCUGGAACUGUGGGAAUCAUUGUGAGAGAUCCUUUAAAACCACCUCCUAAGUUGAAGUUGGUAGCUAGGAAAGGGAAGCUGGAGGUUGACCAGGAACAGGUCGGUACUGACCCGAACGGAACGGAGUUCACGAUAUCCAUUAAAGAUUCGCCGGAGCUGGAUGAUUCAGCUCUGGUGAUUGGAACAGUUUUGGAAGGAAUGGAAGUUGUGGAGAGGAUUGCACAAGUGAAGACUGUGAAAGAUAAUACUACUUCUCCUUACUUCAGGGUUGCAAAGCUAAUAGGCGAUAAAAGAGCUGUUGUUGCAGAAAGAGGAUUCAACCGUCCUUAUUCAAAAGUGAUCGUCACAAACUGUGGGUUGCUAGAACAAUGACACUUCUUCUUUUUUCAAUCUUUACAUCAAUUGAAUUAUGCUUAUUUUAACUAAGAUGAGAUGAUUAUGCUCCCAGUUUUGUCGAAUUGUUUAAAUGUAACUAUAUCCUUAUAAAUGAAUGAGGUAUUCUAUAUCAAUAUUUUAAUAUAAAAAUUCUUCUGAAUUUAAUUUAUCGGAUAAUAACCUUGUAUGGUAUUUCUUGUUAUA